AUGUUUCCCGGCACCACUGCAAUGGAUGAGAAAGAGAAGACCGAAAAGAGAGAAGGAAGCUUCGACUCCGAAGCCGACUCUUCUCAGACCAGCAGCUAUGAACAACAACGCGAAGAGCUUCGCAUCUCAAAUCCGCAAGGAGUCACGUCGACUCUGACAGGAGUGAAUGUGGAGAAAGCUGAGCAUGAUUUCGAAGAAUUGAAUCGCCAGUUUUCGAGCAUCUCUCAUCAAGCCCGUCAUUUAUCCAAGCAGGCGUCUCGAGCCUCGAGACCCACUGUCACCACCGAAGAUGUUGAAGGGACAGGAAGCUCCGCCGAUUCAGAUGACCCCUGGGAUUUGGAGACUACUCUCCGAGGCAACAGAACCGCAGAGGAGGAAGCGGGUAUAAAGGACAAACAUAUCGGGGUUAUUUGGAAUAAUCUUUCCGUUCGAGGAAUGGGAGGCGUCAAGACCUAUAUCAAGACCUUUCCCGAUGCGAUCAUCGACUUUUUCAACGUGCCAGAAACAAUCAUGAACAUGCUUGGAUAUGGCAACAAAGGAAAGGAAUUCAAUAUCUUGGAAGGCUUUCGAGGGCUCACCCGACCAGGUGAAAUGGUUCUAGUCCUUGGCAGGCCAGGCUCUGGGUGCACUUCCUUCUUGAAAGUCAUCGCAAAUCAGAGAUUUGGAUACACUGGCGUUGAUGGUGAAGUGAUGUACGGUCCAUUUGAAUCUAAAGCAUUUGCCAAACGAUUCCGUGGUGAGGCUGUGUAUAACCAGGAGGAUGAUAUCCACCAACCUACACUGACCGUCAAGCAAACUCUUGGCUUUGCUCUGGAUACCAAGACCCCAGGAAAGAGACCAUUCGGGGUAUCCAAGGCCGAAUUCAAAGACAAGGUUGUCAAAAUGCUUUUGCGAAUGUUUAACAUCGAACAUACCGCCAACACAGUUAUUGGAAACCAAUUCAUCCGUGGUGUUAGUGGUGGCGAGAGAAGACGAGUCAGCAUUGCUGAAAUGAUGGUCACUUCCGCGACUGUGCUAGCAUGGGAUAAUAGCACCCGAGGCUUGGAUGCCUCUACUGCUCUGGACUUUGCCAAGUCAUUGCGUAUCUUGACCAAUAUCUACAAAACAACGACUUUUGUUUCUCUCUAUCAAGCAUCUGAAAACAUCUACAAACAGUUCGAUAAGGUUUUAGUCAUUGACAGUGGACGUCAAGUAUUUUUCGGUCCGACGGCCGAAGCUCGAGCUUACUUCGAAGGGCUUGGCUUUCGUGAGAAGCCUCGGCAAACCACUCCGGACUAUGUGACAGGUUGUACCGACCCCUUUGAGCGGGAGUUUAAGGAUGGAAGAACUGCCGAUGAUGUACCUUCGACACCACAGACAUUGGCAGAGGCAUUUGAGAAGUCAGCCUAUAGCAAGCAACUCGAUGAGGAAAUGCAAGCAUAUCGCACACAGGUCGAACAACAAAAGCAAACAUACGACGACUUCGAGAUAGCCAAUCAGGAGGCCAAGCGCAAAUUCACCCCAAGAUCAUCUGUCUACUCCAUUCCCUUUCACAUACAAAUUUGGGCUUUAAUGCAACGACACUUCUUGCUCAAGUGGCAAGACAAAUUUGCGCUGACAGUAUCUUGGGUUACAUCGACAGGUAUUGCCAUCAUUUUAGGAACCGUGUGGCUCCAUCAGCCCGCUACGAGCGCAGGCGCUUUUACUCGGGGCGGUUUGCUGUUCAUCAGCAUGCUUUUCAACGGAUUUCAGGCCUUUUCUGAGCUUGGUGGCACUAUGAUGGGUAGGACGAUCGUCAAUAAGCAUCGUUCCUUCACAUUCUACAGACCAAGUGCUCUUUUUAUCGCACAGAUUUUGGUGGAUACUGCAUUUGCAAUAGCGCGCAUUCUGAUCUUUAGCAUCAUUGUCUACUUCAUGUGCGGUUUGGUUCUCGAUGCUGGGGCCUUCUUCACCUUUGUCCUCGUUAUUCUCACUGGAUAUGUCUGCAUGACUGCACUUUUCAGGUCCAUCGGGUCUAUCUGCCCCGAUUUUGAUUAUGCGAUGAAAUUUGCUGCUGUUAUCAUUACUCUCUUCGUGCUGACCUCGGGUUAUCUAAUUCAGUGGUCUGGCUCUCAGGUCUGGUUGAGAUGGAUUUAUUAUAUCAAUCCAUUUGGUCUAGGCUUCGCGUCUCUGAUGGUGAACGAGUUCAGUCGCCUUACGAUGACAUGUACACAGGAUUCCUUGGUACCCAGUGGCCCUGGAUAUGGCGAUAUCACACACCAAGCAUGCACUCUCGCCGGUGGUGAGCCAGGGUCGGACAUCAUUCCAGGAUCGAGUUAUCUUGCUACGACAUUCAGCUACGACACCGGAGAUCUCUGGAGGAAUUUUGGAAUUAUGAUUGCCCUAAUCUUCGGUUUCCUCGGGAUGAAUCUAUACUUCAGCGAGAUACUGCAAUUCAAUGCAGGCGGAAAGACGCUCACCUUCUUCCACAAAGAAAACGAUGAACGUAAGCAGCUAAAUCAAGCGCUUGAGGUGAGGAAGACGAGUCGCCAGUCAAAGACCGUUGAUACCGGUGCCAAUCUCGAAAUAUCCUCAAAAUCUGUUCUUACUUGGGAGAACAUAUCUUAUGAAGUUCCUGUGCCAUCCGGCACGCGGCGACUCCUGAAUUCCGUAUAUGGAUACGUUCAGCCUGGCAAACUCACGGCUCUAAUGGGCGCAUCUGGAGCUGGAAAAACUACUCUCCUAGAUGUAUUAGCAGCACGGAAGAACAUUGGUGUGGUUACGGGUGAUAUCCUUGUUGAUGCAGUUAAGCCCAGCACUUCAUUCCAGCGAAGCACUUCAUACGCUGAGCAGCUAGAUGUGCAUGAGUCAAUGGCAACUGUUCGUGAAGCUCUGCGCUUCUCUGCUGAUUUACGCCAACCAUUUGAAGUUCCACGAUGUGAAAAAUACGAAUAUGUUGAGGAGAUCAUCAGCUUGCUUGAACUUGAAAGCCUAGCAGACGCAAUCAUAGGCACUCCGGAGACUGGGCUGUCUGUCGAGGAACGGAAAAGGGUUACCAUCGGUGUAGAGCUUGCAGCCAAGCCUGAGCUACUUUUGUUCCUGGAUGAGCCAACUUCCGGCCUGGAUAGCCAAUCGGCCUUCAAUAUCAUUCGAUUCUUGAAGAAGUUGGCCGCAGCUGGUCAAGCAAUCCUCUGUACAAUUCAUCAGCCUAACUCCGCUCUGUUCGAAAAUUUUGACCGGCUUUUGCUCCUGCAAAGGGGUGGAGAAUGUGUUUACUUUGGUGACAUUGGCACAGAUUCCAGCGUUCUCUUGGACUAUUUCCGUCGCAACGGUGCUGACUGCCCUGCUGACGCUAACCCCGCUGAGUGGAUGCUUGAUGCUAUUGGCGCAGGUCAAACACGACGACUUGGAGACCGUGAUUGGGGCGAGGUCUGGCGAACUGCUCCCGAGCUGGAAGUGGUCAAGAAUGAUAUCGUUCAAAUCAAGAGAAGUCGUACUCAGACCGUCCAGCAGGAAGCAAGCCAUCAACAGGACAUCGCUCAGAGAGAAUAUGCAUCGCCACUUUGGCAUCAGAUGAAGGUAGUAGGCCGCCGAACGCAUUUAUCGUUCUGGCGCUCGCGUAACUACGGCUUUACUCGGCUUUUCACACACGUUGUAAUUGCACUUAUUACAGGCCUCGCAUUUUUGCAGCUCGACGACUCUCGUUCCUCGCUUCAAUAUCGGAUCUUUGUUAUUUUCAAUGUGACGGUGCUGCCAGCAAUUAUCCUACAGCAAGUUCAGCCUAAGUACGACUUAUCUCGAUUGAUUUUCUACCGUGAAUCCGCUUCGAAGACGUACAGCCAGUUCGCCUUUGCAUUUUCUCUCGUUCUGGCAGAGAUGCCUUACAGUAUUCUCUGCGCCGUCUGCUUUUUCCUGCCCCUAUACUAUCUCCCAGGAUUUUCUACGGAAAGCAGUCGUGCAGGAUAUCAGUUUUUCAUGGUCCUAAUCACGGAAAUCUUUGCCGUCACGCUCGGACAGAUGGUCUCGGCCUUGACACCAAACAGCUUCAUUGCCUCCCAACUAAAUCCACCAAUUGUGAUCAUUUUCUCACUGUUCUGUGGUGUCGCAAUUCCGAAGCCACAAAUCCCAGGGUUUUGGCGCGCAUGGCUCUACCAGCUUGAUCCGUUUACCCGACUUAUUGGCGGAAUGGUGGUAACGGAGCUCCAUGGCCGUGAUGUUUCCUGUGCAGAUACAGAACUCAACACAUUCAAUGCUCCCGAUAACGAGACAUGUGGCGAAUACAUGCAAUCCUUUUUCGAGCGCGGUGGAGCUGGAUACUUGGUGAAGAAUGCUACCCAGACUUGCGAGUAUUGCGCGUACAAUAUCGGAGACCAGUUCUACGCAGCAUUCGGCAUGAACUUCGACCACCGGUGGAGGGAUCUAGGGUAUCUUCAUCGCGUAUGUUGGGUCCAACCUGAUCAUAUUGUUUCUGGCGUCCCGGUUUUUCAACUUUAA